UCCAGAUCAACGUCGGUGGCAAUUACAAUCGCAAGAAGGAGUCGCGUACUUUGCAACGAAACGAAGGCCAAAAAGUCCACACGAGAACCGUCCGUUUUGAUAUUGGAAGAAACGCUAGAGAAGACGACGAUCAGAGGGAUGGCGACGGUUCUUCCUCUCGUCUUGAUAAGCUCAUCAAGAUCAGGAAAGAAAAGACAAAGUCAGACGUAGAGAAACACGCCGGGAGAGUUAACAUUUGCAAGGAUAUAAUACGCGAAGAGAACCGGGGAGCUACUCACUUCAUCUCUUCGGUGGAUUUGGGAGCAAAGAUUUGCAUCACUUCAAAGGUCGUGAUUACUGAAACAAAGUCCACGUUUUCGGUGAAAGCAGGGGUACGAGCAUUGAGCCAUUUGGCAUUUAAAGAAGAGAAUAUAUCUGCUGCUGCCAAAUACCAAAGUCGUAUAUCUGCUACCAUCGAUCCGAGGGUCAAAAUGGAGGGAGCGAGGACGGUGGUAAGUGAAGAAUGCGAGCGGCUUAUUGGGUAUGAGGUGAGUCCCGUGUGGCUACUUGUAAGCGAAUCAGAUUGGCGCAGUGCAAUGAAAGAAGCGUUACCGCUAAUGGCAACGUCUACAGAAUACAAUACUGCUCAAUGUAUUUGCAAAGGAUAGUUGGCAAUGUCGUUGCUAUUUUCUAUUUUUCUUUCUUAAUUAAUUUCGUUAGUAAUGUGGCUGUCUAGUAUUCGAUUCCAAUAUACUAUUGUAUACACACUAGUUGGUCAAUGUUUUGUAGGAGGACCAUUUUUGAUCGGAGCUGGGAACUACUGUUUGAGACGUAGUACAACGUCACAGCCACAAAAGUACGCAGAAGAACCAGGUGAGCAACAUGAUGACGGUGGGAUUCAGCCGCUUGAUAUCAACCCCAACAAAGACAGAGAGCAACCAAACCAACUAAACGCAGUUACCGCCACUAUUCAGUCGAAACGAAAUGAAGGUAACUGUGACAUUGAGAGUGUGCGACUGGAUGUAACCGAGAAAGGCACCGUCAAAGAAGAUAAUGAAAAGAUUAGAUUUUUUGUUGAUAUUCCACGUUACCAGGGUGGCUCGACAUCUGUUGCAGACGAUGACGAUCCAAUACAAGAUCCAAACAGUGGAUUUUACAUCUACUGCAAAGUAGACGGCACUAAACUAUUCUUGUGCGCAGACUCGAAAGACGAAAGCAAGGUUUGUCUCGCUACUAGUGUUCCGUAUCCCAACGCUUACGCUCAAUUCUACUUGGAGUUUCCGAGUACGCACCGUCUGGCACCCGCUUCUCGUUGGGCAAAGGAUUCGUUGCACGUGUUGAGGAAGACUGCUUACAUGAGACGCCGUCAGUAUCUUGUCAUUGAUACACAGACUAGACAGCUGUCGUUUACACCUCGAAAGGCACUGCUUCAAAAUGAAAGAGCAAUAUGUCAGUUUACUUUGGAAAAUAUGCCGAUAAACAGAGACAAUGUAAAGGAAUCGGGAAUUGACGUUUGUUGUAAACACAGCAAGAAUGUUGGCCAAUUGACUAUUUCUUAAUGUUGUUAUAGCGUACUUUCAAAUUUCUGAAGUCGUCAAGUUUGUGUAACUACUUUUAUGCACUAAAACUCUUUAAAAAACGAUGAAGCUGGCUACAAGUUAGAUAUCUAGA